AUGUAUGUGAUCACUGGAUUCAUUGGCAUCGAAUAUAGCAACCCAACCUUAGCUUCAGCCAUUAGCAAUAUCACUCCUGCUCUUACCUUCAUCCUCGCUGUUAUCUUCAGAAUGGAAAAGGUAACUUUCAAAGAAAGUAGCAGUGUAGCCAAAGUGAUCGGGACAAUAUUGUCAUUAGUAGGCGCACUUGUGGUGGUUCUCUACCACGGUCCACGUGUCUUUUCCGCAUCUUCUCCGCCGUAUCUAAUCAUUCUCCGCCAGGUUUCUCCGCCGUUAUCAUCUUCAAACUCCGAUUGGCUCAUCGGUGGAUGUCUUCUUACCAUGAAAGACAUUUUUGUUUCUGUGUCUUUCAUUCUCCAGGCACAUAUAAUGAGUGAAUAUCCAUCAGCUUUCACUGUCUCUUUUAUCUACACUCUAUGUGUUUCAAUCUUUACCUCGUUGACUGGGCUCGUAGUCGAAAUGAACAAUCCAAGCAUUUGGAUCAUUCAAUUCGAUAUUACUUUGAUAAGCAUUGUAUUUAUGGGAAUAGUAACCCCAGUAUACUCCGUGAUUCACUCAUGGACAGUGCGUUACAAGGGACCUGUUUACUUAGCGAUAUUUAAACCUUUGUCGAUUUUAAUAGCAGUGAUUAUGAGCGCGAUUUUUCUCGGCGAUUCUCUCUAUCUCGGAUGCUUGAUUGGAGGAAUUUUGAUAACGUUAGGGUUUUAUGCUGUGAUGUGGGGGAAAGCAAAUGAAGAGAAGACUCGACUGUUAUCACUUUUAGAGAAAAAGAAAGUUUCACUUCUAUUGAACAACAACGACGAUCAAAUUUGA